GGAGUAGGUCUAGCGCUUGAAGCAGCUCAGGAACUUGAGUCUGCUGGUAUAAAGGCUGAAGUAAUCAAUCUUCGUACCCUACGUCCUCUCGAUUUCGAGACCAUAAAACAGUCACUCAUGAAGACCCAUCAUCUGGUUACUGUUGAACAGGGAUGGCCGUUUGCAGGCAUUGGAGCUGAGAUCUGCGCUCAGGUCAAUGAAUCACCGGCCUGGGAUUAUUUGGACGCUCCAAUUUUGCGUGUCACUGGAGUUGACGUGCCCAUGCCAUAUGCCCAUCACCUUGAGGAUGCUGCUCUUCCUAAUGCAGGACAUAUUGUUGCGACAGUGAAGAAGAGUCUGAACGUUAAGUAG